GUAUUGCAACCCUUCAUAAAAAACCAGCUGCUGCUCUGCGAAGGCAAAGCCUUCAGAUGGGACCAAACCUGUCUGCCCACGUGAGAUGUGCUCGGACUGGGUGGAGAUCAUCGAGCCCCGCUCCCAGGAGCGGAUGUAUGUCAACCUGACCACCGGGGAGUGCGGCUGGGAGCCCCCCCCCAACCUGAAGGUGCGCCAGUCGGACCAGAAGCAGUGGUGGGAGCUCUUCGACCAGAACAACAACCGCUUCUACUACUACAAUGCCAUCACGCGGCAGACGGUGUGGCACCGGCCCCAGGGCUGCGACAUCGUGCCCCUGGCGCAGCUCCAGGCCAUGAAGCGCAGCUCCCAGCCCGGCCGGCAGCACCGCGGCAGCACCGGCAGCGACGGCCGGAGCACCCCCGUCCACAUGGCCCUGCUGCAGGACAUGGAGAAGGGCAAGUGGGACUGUGCGGGGGAGAAGAGGAAAGACCCUUCUGGCAGGGAGACUCCUACCCAGUGGCAGCCUCUGCCAGGCACAAAAGCAGCCAUGUUGGUCAAAGUGAACAGUUUGAGGCAGAUACAGAGCUUUUCAAACAGUUCACUUCAGCUGCAGAGCGCUCCAGAGCCCAACAGCCCAAAAUCUCUUCCAAAACCAGCUAUAUAUGCUCAGCCUCAAUCCAGGUCCCAGAGCCCUGGAGCGACGAAGCAAACAGGAGACACAAAGCAGUCUAUGCAGAUCAAAAAGACGGAGAACGGUGGGUUUUGCCUGGUGCUGAUGAAUGGCCCAACUUCUCAAACACCUCCCAGGAGCCGGACAGGAACCCCCCAGCCUGCAUCCCCCAAAUAUGCCUCCCCUGCACCCAUAUACGAUGAGCCAUCGCUGGAGUCGCCAAUUUACGACGAGCCACCAGUGGACAUGGACACAGAAAGCGCUGCUGUGAGUGGCACGUCUCCACCAAGGUCACCAAGCAAUAGCUUAAAAAAGCAGCUGCAACCAACCAAAUUCUUGCAGCAUCCCAGUAUGCAACAGCAACAAGCUGCAAAGAAGCAUGCAAGAAAUCCCUCUUCCACUGAAUACAGCCCAGCUGGCAGGGAAUACAUAAAACAUAUGGUCAAUGUUGACCAAUCUGCCAAACUCUCCCACUCUUCUCCUGCAACAGCUGAUGCCUCCACUAAACUGCCUGGUCAGCUUGCUUCAAAGGACAGUUUCAAGCAGUCUUGGAGGAUCUUGGAAGCCAACGUCCUCAAGAACAUGGAACUCCACCACAGUCGUCAGAACAGCCUGCAGACUCAGGAGUACCCAACUGGUAUCAGCCACCAGGAUUCUGGUUAUUCGACCGGCCCUUCUCCAAGCUUGAGAAAAAGGAAAGGAAGGAGGCAAGGAACAGGUCAAGUAAGACCUGGCUCUGUGGGCAGCAGCAGUGAGCUCACAGCUCUGAACGAUAAAGUGAUCGCUGAGAUGCGCGCAGUGGUGGGCAGGUCAGCAGCUUGCAGGGGAAGCAAAGCCAGCCUGGAUGCUGAGAGCCUGGAGAGUGGCGUCCCAGCAGAGAGCAGCAAGGUCAGGUUUCAGUCUGACCACUUGAAAAAAUGCAUCAGCCGGAGCUCCAGGGACGACGUCUCAGCCAGCAACAGGUCUCUGUACAGGCAGGGCCUGGAGAUGAGGGAAGGCUUUCCCAGCGAUGCAGCUGCUCUGCAGGACACAAUGAGGCAGAAGAGGACUUUUGAGAAAAUAGAUUCUUUAGAAAAGAAUGUGACCAGCCAGACAAGCUUGGCUUCGUCGGAUGCCACCCGCCACUCCUCACAGCCUGGGACCAUAGAGCUGGACCCCAAGCAGGAGGGCAGUGCCCAGGGCGGGGGCUGCGUGGGAUGCCACUUCCCCUACAACACCCUACGGAAGCCCAUCUCCCAGAGCAGCAUGGCAGACUGGGCCUCCAAAAACCUCAACAUGCACACGCAGGGCAUCUUCCGCCGCAGGAUCUCCAUCUCCAACAUGCUGUCCUGGAACGGCGGCUCCAUCAAAAAGCCCAUGCUCAUCACCAGCAACCGCACCAUCAAAAAAGAGGCGUGUGAGAUGUUCAAGCUGGUGCAGAGCUACAUGGGAGACCGCCAGACUCGCCUGGACCGCAACCACGUGGCCUUGGUGACGGUCACCAAGUGCUGGAGCAUGCAGGGGCUGCGGGACGAGCUCUACAUCCAGCUCAUCCGGCAGACCACAGACAACAUGUGCUACCGGAGCCUGGCGUGGGGCUGGGAACUGAUGGCCAUCAGUCUGGCCUUUUUCUCCCCGUCACCCAAAUUUCAGUCUUACCUGGAAGGUUACAUUUAUCGCCACCUUGACAGUGAUGAAAACAUUGCCCAGCGCAUCAAGGAGCUUGUGGAUCUGAAAAACAAGAAGAACUCGAAAUCCAGGAAAAAGAGGAAACAAAACACAGAGGAUGAAGGUCUGCCCAUUAGCACCUAUGCCAAGUACUGCUACCGGAAACUCCAGAAAGUGGCCGUCACUGGAGGCAAAAAGGGCCUCCGCAAACCCACGGUGGAGGAGAUCACACACGCCAGGAACGCCAUCCUCACCCCGUCGCUCUUCGGCAGCUCCCUGGAGGAGAUCAUGCUGCGCCAGCAGGACAUGUACCCAGGGAACAAGCUGCCCUGGGUGCAGACACAGCUGUCACAGCAGGUCCUGGCCCUGGGAGGGGAACAGACGGAGGGGAUUUUCAGGAUACCUGGUGACAUAGAUGAAGUGAAUGCAUUGAAACUGCAGGUGGAUCAGUGGAGGAUCCCGAGCAGUCUGAGUGACCCCAACAUCCCAGCCUCUCUUCUCAAGCUCUGGUAUCGGGAGCUGGAGGAGCCUGUGAUUCCCCAGCAGUUCUACAAAGAGUGUAUCAGCAACUACGAGAACCCCGACGCUGCCGUGGCCGUGGUGCAGCUUUUGCCAGAGCUCAACAGGCUGGUGCUGUGUUACCUCAUCCACUUCCUGCAGAUCUUUGCUCAGCCGUCAAACGUGGGCAGAACAAAAAUGGAUGUGAAUAACCUGGCCAUGGUGAUGGCCCCCAACUGCCUGCGCUGCCAGUCCGACGACCCCCGCGUCAUCUUCGAGAACACGCGCAAGGAAAUGUCCUUCCUGCGCAUGCUCAUCGUGCACCUGGACACGAGCUUCAUCAAAGGGCUGGUCUGAGCCGCUGGCCCCGGCUCCACACAUUGCUCUGGGGAGUUGCUGGGUACCCUAAAUCUUCUCCCCUCCACGUAGUUUUCUUCCAUUGUCCUUGCUGUUGUCAUGCCCUGGGUUAGCCCUUGAGCAUCUCCCGGCACACGACCACAAGGACUGGACAUUCCUGGAAGGCUCGGUUCUGUCAGCACCAGGAAGUCCUUGGACAUGCCAGGUCAGGUUCAGCGGUUCCUGGCCUUCCAGUGUGUGUCAGAGAGGGGCAACCCUCCUCCUGGGAGCCACAAGACUGGUUGCUCAGUGAAAGGGCUGUGACAUCUGUGAGGGACUGCUACAUGGGGCAACAAGACUCUCCAUUUCCCUUCUGGAGGCACAGUUGGCUUCAGGUAGGAGGACAUCACUCCUGUGCUGUGGCAUGAGCUGGUCCUGGGGGAGAUGCUGCCUCACUGGGGAUAAUCCUCCUGCUAGGGGGCAGCCUGGUUCACCUCUGCAGACUGUUGGCUGGAGGGCUGUGGAGGUGCAGGGGAUUUGCUGAGGCAGAAAAGUCCCUCGGGCUGUCGUGGUCAGUGGAAGAACACUGCAGCCCAGGGAGAGGAGGUCUUUGAGCUGCUGCUGCUGGGGGCUGGAUGGUCAGACAUUCUGCACUUGGGAGCUCUGGCAGGCCAGAUCCACAGCAUCCACCUCACCUUCUUCAGAGAGCUGCAGAGGUGUGCAGCAGCACGUGGGCCCAGCACUGUGCUGAGCACCCACCCACACCACAGGGCACAAAGAGAAGGCCAUGCACCUGACAGGUAAACAACCACUGUGGCAUCCUCCUCACAAGGGCCAUAUCCUCUGCAGGGGUGACCCCAGCAGCCUUGCAGCUCCUUUUUGGUAAGGACAGCAUGAGCUGACACCAGCUUUACUGAGAGCACCAGAGCCCAUGCUCAGAGCAGCCUUCGUGGCUCCAGCACCCCCUUCCUGAUAGCACAUCCUUCCCAGACUGCUCUGCUGGGGGCUGAAUACCAGUUUGGUCCCCCUCCUGCUUCUGAGCCCAGGUCUGAAGAAAGCUGGGAAGGCCCCAAAAGUCAGAAGUGCUCCUGUUCUCGGAGAGCAGCAGCAAUGCUGUGUGCUAGUGAAAUGCUGGUACUGCCUGUAGUCAGCUGUGGCACUUGUGCUCUUCCCACUGAAUUCCCACAGGCGUUGCAGAGGGGUUGGGAAGGGAAGGGGAAGGAAAGAGGCAGGUUGAGCAGCUGAGGUGUGGUGGAGCCUGAGUGGGGGUAGUGUCAGGCAGCAGCUCAGCGUUCUCACAGCUGCUGUUGAACCCCUGUGGCUUUCUGUGUGCCACCAGAGGUGAGGCACAGCAAGGACAGUGUCCUCUGGAUCUCUCCGCAGCCUCCAAAUGCUAUUAUAUGUUCCUUACCAAACAGCAGAUCCUAAUUCCGUGGCAUCCUAGUGUUACUCUUCCUCUGAGGUGUUUUCCUUGCUGGAGGCGGGUCUGCCGCAGAGAGCCGAGUUUUGGGAUUACCGGUGCAGUGCUAAGGCUGCCAGGAGUAUCCAAGGUUGCAUUUGUGUUUCUGCAUCCCUCUCCCUUUCCAGUGGGGACCUGGGAUCAUCCUCUCCAGACUGCAGUGGGGAGCCGAGCCCUGCCAACAGUGAGGUUUAGGGCUGAUGCCUGAUGGGUACCCAGUGGGGGCAAGAGGUGCCACGUGCAGAGAAUGCCCCAAGCCUGCUGGCUUGCCUGGGGCUCUGUGUGAGAGGGUUCCCAGAGCCUGUAUUUGGAUGAGUUUGGAUGAACUCCACAGCAGGAAUUCAGUUUGUGCCCAGCUGAACAAAGGUCAUGGUUCCUCUCCAUCUACCAGAUGCCCCUGUGGGCCAGGAAAUCCUGCUGCCUUGUCAGGAUUAGCUCUGUCAAACACGUACCAGCGUGUUUCACACCCCCCGUCCCACGCUCUGACACCGCGGGGCUUGUCCGGCCCUCCUGCAGCGCUGAACAGCGAGUUCAUGUUCCCCAGGGCUGGAGCUUCUGCCCCAGAGGUGCAGACACAGGCAGAGGUUACCAGCUGUGCCACUGUCCCGAGGUCUGAGUCAGUGAGCAGGCUCAGGGUGUCCUGCCCUGCGGCCCUGCCCUUCUCAUGGGGCUGCAGAGCCCUUCCCUGGGCUGGGCCCCGUGGGUGACCCCCGCUGUUCCUUGCACUUCGCUGUAGCAGUCAAUCAAACCAUAGGCAUUUGCUGCUAUUACAAAUGAAUGCUUCUUGCCAGGGCUGUAAAAUAGGCUAAUAAAGGACACUGGAUAUUAUUUUCUUUGCCAACAGAUUUGUAAAUACCAAUCAGUAAAGUAGCCUCUUCUCUGUUCUAAUAGUAAUAAAUAAAAUCUCCAUGGUUGUUCUUUUUGCGCAUUGGA